ACACACACACAAACACACACAUUUCCCUGCAGUGUGCUGCCAGUCUGUGAGCUGGAGAGACACUCAGGCGACACACUCAGGCUGAAAGUCUUCAAAGACAAAAACUUCUUAGUUUUUUACAACUGCGGAUGCAAGAAGAGCUUCCUUUUUGCUUUUUGCUUAGUUCCUCCAAGAGUUGAAUAACUCCCCCACAGAAAGCUGCAAUGCUGCUUCAACUGUAUCUCUUGACUUUUGCUGCCGCCAUCCAAGCCCACAAGCAGCUGCUGCCGGGCUCCUGCAACUUUGAAUCCGACACCUGCGAAUACACGUACGAUGCAGACUUCACCAGCUGGACCCUGCACAAAGAUGGUCACUUUGUCGCGGUGGACGCGGUCGAGAACGACGAGCAGGACGCCGACCUAGGCGCGGGCGACGGACCGCAGAGAGAGGUCACGGGGGUCCUGCUGAGUCCGGCGCUGGAGCAGGGCGAGUGGAGCUGCCUGAGGCUCGUCUACCAGAUCACGGGGUCGGGGAGUCUGGAGGUCCUGCAGCGCACCGAGGGAAAGAGCUUCGACAGGCCACUGUGGAGCAGCCGGGACCCCUCCGACAGCUGGGUCAUCGCAAGCAUGGACCUGCACAACAACACUGAGCCGUACAGGGUCGUCGUCGAAGGGAAACCGGGACGGGGCGCUGGGAGCAGCGUGGCCAUCUUUGAGAUCCACAUCAGCCCCGGAUACUGCCUGGAGUGCGACUAUGAGGAGUCCCACUUGUGUGGGUACAGUAACCAGUGGAACGCCAAUGUGAACUGGUACGUUGGAGGUGGCAGCGUCCAGCUCCUUCACAACGGCAUGCUCGAUGACCACACGUUCAACAACAGGACUGGUCACUUCAUGUACGUGGACUCCAUCUACGCCAAGACCUUCAAGGAGGUGGCCAAGCUGGUGUCGGCCAUGACGACGGUGCCGAUGUCCGGCUGCCUGAGCUUCCAGUACCAGCGGAGCGAGGAGCGGGGGAACCUCUUCUCCGUUUUCGCUCGCGACCGCCUGGGCCAGUACCAGGAGCUGUGGAGGGCCGGCUCCGAGAACCAGAGCGACUGGACGCUCGGAGAGUGGAUCCCGGUGCAGGCGGACCUGAAGGCACCGUACCCCGUACAGGUGGUCUUUGAAGUGGCGUUUAACAGUCAAAGAGGCGGACGAGUCGCCGUUGAUGACAUUUCCUUUUCUCCGGAGUUUUGCAGCACAGACACUGAGCCGACCUUCGACCCCUCCAUCGCCAGCUGUGAUUUUGAAUCAGGCUUCUGCCGCUACACCCAGGACCAGGUGACGGGCUCGUCGUGGAGGAGAGUGUCCGUGAAGCCCAACAUCUUCAGGAACGGAGACCACACCACCGGGGCAGGAUCCUUCGUGCUGGCUCACUCCCGCCUGAGCCCACGCUCCGGCUACGUCAGCCGCCUCGUCGGCCCAACUCUGCCCGGGAGCACGAAGUUCUGCCUGAGGUUCUACUUCUCUCUGAGGGGUUUCAACCAGACGGACCAGGCCCUGGCUGUGUUUCUGCAGCGGCAGAGCGGCAGCCAGGAGAAGAUCUGGACUCAGGGGGAGAAGUCCAGAGGGAUCUGGAUCGCGACGGACGUCACCUUCCAAACGUCGCAGCCUGCCAAGGUGGUUUUCCUCAGCACCUGCCACAGCUUCUGGGACUGCGGCUCCGUGGCGCUGGACGACAUCAGCGUGAGCCUCGGCGACUGUGAGCUGACGGAAACGGGUCUGUCGUCGUCGUCUCCUCUGCCGGGACACUGUGACUUCGAAGCCGGCCUGUGUGGAUACGCCCAGGACAAGCAGACGGACGCCGCCGACUGGGAGUGGAGGAGGGGGCCCACCCCGACCUCGUACACGGGGCCCAGAGGGGACCACACCACGGGGCUCGGAUACUACCUGCACCUGGAGGCGUCGCCCAUGCUGCCCGGGCAGAGCGUGCGGCUGCUCUCCCGCCCCCUGAGGGGCUCCCGGGGCCCGCAGUGCCUGCGCUUCUUCUACCACAUGUACGGCUCCGGCACGGGCCAGCUCGCCGUUCACCUGGACAAGGGCGGCGAGGACGUGCCGCUGUGGCGACGCGGCGGCGAGCAGAGCGUCGCCUGGCUGAGGGCCAGAGUGGAAUACCAGUGUGACAGCCAGCAUCAGCUCGUGUUUGAAGCGACCAGGGGCUCAUCGGUGAGGAGUGACAUCGCCAUCGAUGACAUUGUCUUGGAAGGUGGACCGUGCCCAGCAGAAGCGGAGAUCCAUGCCACCGUGGGAACGUCCAAUGAGAUCGAGUAGCAGGGGGAGAGGGAAGCAGCUGCGUAGGAUGCAUGUUCUUUUUUUAUUUGCACAAAUCACGCGACUCAAAGCGCGUCGCCGUCGACUCCCCGACUCCUACGUUUAAUUCAGAACUUGUAGGAGUGAAUUUGGGUAGAAAAACUUUUCAUGUAGUUCUGUUUCCAACGGAGUUUUAAAAAAAAAACAUAUCAGUUGCGUCAUAGUCGGCAUUUCUCUCUUCUGCACCGUAGCGACGGAGAGUUUUGUUCAACUGUGUUUGUCUUUCACAUUUAUAUGCAUUAGAUUAAUGCUCAUCGCUGAAAAUAAAAGUGAGGCGGUUAUUCCAAGCGA